AUGGCAUUGGCUGCUUUGGAUCCCUUGCUCGGGAGUCAUGCGCUCAAUCUCUACACCCUGACCGCAGAGGCAGACACCCUUACGAAGCCCGAAGCUGAGGUAUGGAGAGCGACGAAGAUGUGGGUAUUCACAAGGCCCGGGCUUUGGGGGCUUCGGGACGCGCUGCGCGCUGUCGUUCAGGGUCUAGAGUGCGCCUUGAACGGCAUGGGUCUUCCGUAUGUCAUUGCCGAGGGCAGCAGCCGGGGCUUUCUGAAUGCGUCGUUUGUUACCGGUAGCGUGAUGGACACAUCCAAGGGCCGGCAAUCGAAAUGCAAGAUCCAGCCCGGCACCAGAAUCGCAACUGCGGACCCCUUCAGCAACUCAACUUGCGUGGUCCCAGACUCGAAGCGCUCAUGCAAAGGGCUUACCGAUGCUGCAGCACGCGGGGACACCACGGCGCAGUCUCUCCUGGCGCAGGACUAUUUCUAUGGCGCCAACGGUGUGAGGAAGGACGUUCACACAGGUGUGCGGUGGGCCACGGUUGCAGCCGAAGCCGGCGACAGGGACUCCCAGGAGCUCCUAGCGGUGGCCUUCGGCCGCGGCCACGAAGACAUCGACGUCGACGUCAGCUAG